AUGAUUCACGACAUCGGGGGGAAGAUCCUCAAGAGGGCCCCAUCGCCUAAUCUAGCACUCAAGCUGGACAUGGCAAAGGCGUAUGAUAGAGUGCAGUGGCCUUUUCUUCUCAUGGUGCUUGAGAGGAUGGGAUUCCCGCUGGGUUGGGUGAGUAUGAUCAGACGGUGCAUCUCCUCGUGCUGGUUCUCGGUUCUGGUGAAUGGGUCCCCUGCGGGCUUCUUCCAGUCGACGCGGGGCCUUCGCCAGGGAGAUCCUCUCUCCCCAUCUCUCUUCGUCCUCGCAGCAGACUACCUGUCUAGGAGCUUGGACAGGCUGGUUGAUUCCCAUCCAGACAUGGCGUACAGAGCUGUUAGAUCAUCGCCCACCAUCUCCCACCUCUCCUAUGCUGAUGACAUCAUCAUCUUCACCAGGGCGCAUAGGGAGGCAGUUGAGAGACUCACGCACUGCCUUGACCACUAUUUUGCAGUGUCUGGUCAGAUGGUGAAUCGGGGAAAGAGUCACUUCUUCUUGCACCCGAGGUUUGAAUCAUGGGCAGAUACGGUGGCGGAGGUCGGAGGCUUCCAGAUGGGCUCGUUCCCUUUCACAUACCUCGGGGUGCCCAUCUAUAAAGGCAACCUGAAGGCUGACUUCCUCCUCGACAUCCGACAGAAGAUGGUGGACCGGAUCCACAGCUGGUCCCACAGACAUCUCUCUCUUGGGGGCCGUCUUGCUCUGAUCAAGAGCACCCUGAUGACUAUCCCGCUCCACAUCCUUCAGGUCAUGGAGCCCUAUGGGUACUGGUUGAGGGAGCUGGAGCAGAUUAUGGCCAGAUUCUUUUGGGGCACCGUUGGACAACAGAAAAAGAUUCACUGGGUCAGUUGGAAGAAUAAGAUCUGUUUGUCGUUGGAUGAGGGAUGCCUUGGCAUCCGUCGCCUCCCCGAGCUGGUCACCGCUUUCAGCAUUAAGCUCUGGUGGAGAUUCCUCUCACAGGAUUCCUUGUGGGCGCAAUACACUUUGAGUAAAUGGUCCCUUGGCGAGGGGAAGAUCAGCUUCUGGGAUGACGUGUGGGUCGGGGAUCGUCCCCUUCGGACCUAUUGUCAGCCUGGGACUGCUUUCCCACCCAACAAGGUUUCUUGUUUCUUGCGUGAUGGUGCUUGGCAUGAUGAUAAACUGCAUGAAUUGCUUGUUCGGUAUGCUUUGCCUGCGCAUGUUUUGGAUGUUAUCAGGGCUGUGCCGAUUGAGGUGGGCGGUAGGGAUGUGAUGCGAUGGAGUCUGACUGGUGAUGGCGAGUUCUCGACGGCCUCAGCUUGGGAGCUCAUCCAGACUCGGUCCCCUAGACACUUCGACAUUCGCAUGGUGUGGAAUGCUGGGCUGACCCCGACUACCUCCGUGUUCAUCUGGCGCCUCCUCCUUCAGAAGAUCCCUGUUGAUUGUCAUGUGCAGUCCCAUGUCGGCGAGGUUGUACAUCAGUUGCGGACUUUGGUGGCGGCGGGUGUGCUAGUCCCCCUUCAUUGGCGUGGUUGCACCUUGGCUGUCGAUUUCAUGCCCAUGGCUCCUACUCGCCGGCGAGUUCUGAGGUCCUUGAGUGUUCUUUGGCAUCCACCUUAUGCUCCUUGGGUGAAGCUGAACACAGACGGGGCCUUUUCUACCUCGACUGGACAGGCUGGUGGUAGGGGAGUGGUUCGUGGUUCAGACGGUUCUCUCCUGAGGGCCUUUUGCACGCCCCUUGUAGCCGCGUCGGGCUUUGAGGCGGAGCUUCUUGCUCUUCUUCAUGGUCUGAGGAUGGCUAUGGAGUUCACAUCACAGGUCUGGGUCGAGUUGGAUGCAGCAGCAGUGGUCGCGGUGUUCACUUCAGAUCGUAGGGGAGCAGCGGACGUGCGACACCACAUGGUUAGCAUUCGUCUUUUGCUCUCACAGCUGCAGACGCGCUUCUCUCACAUCCAUCGGGAGGGCAAUCGAGCAGCGGAUUUUUUAGCAGGUAGGGGGGUCCAGACCCCUGCCCUCACAUUCUUCGAUGCGGAUACAGCACCUCGGUACUUGAAGGCACUUGUGAGGAUGGACCAGUUGGGCUAUCCAAACUUCAGAUUCAGGUACCGAGAUAGAUGA